AUGGCGGCCGACGACGAUUCUGCUGCAGCCGCCGCCAAGGACGCGCAGGACCGUGCCGCCAAGGAAGCUGAAGACCAACGCCUGGCUGCUGAAGCCGAGGCAGCGCAUCGUGAGGAGGAGGCACGCCUCCGCGCCGCCGCCCUCGACGAGUACGAGCAGGCCCAUGAAGCCCUCUGGGCGCAGGCCACCGCCGUCGUCAACGUGAAGGCCCUGAUCCCCAUCGUCCUGGACAAGGCCACGGACUCCUACACCAAAUGGCGUGGCAUCUUCCUCACCGUGCUUGGAAAAUAUGCACUGACACGGCACGUUCUCGAGGAUGAAGUCUUCACGCGCCCAGCCUGGGUCCAGACGGACUGCUGUGUCCUCACAUGGAUCUACGGCACCGUCUCAAGCGAUUUGCAGCAGUCGCUGAUGAUACGCCAAGGUUCUGCACGUACUGCAUGGUGCUACCUGGAGGAUGAGUUUCUCGGACAAAAGGAGACUCGUGCUCUUCUCCUCGAAACACAGUUCCGCAAUCUUCGUCAGGAGUCUCUGAGCAUCACCGACUACUGUCGCCGCCUCGAGUCCAUGGCUGCAUCCCUCGCCGAGUUCGGUGACCCCAUCGGCGAUCGCCAAAUGGUGCUCACGCUCCUCCGCGGCCUCAACGGCAAGUUCCGCCAUAUGGUGUCCAUCCUCAAGAUGCAUCGUCCGUUCCCGACGUUCCCGGAAGCCCGGACACACCUCCUGCUGGAGGAGCUAGAGAUCGACGCUCAUCCUCCGUCUCCCCCAGCCGCCCUUGUCGCUGCGACGCCGCGUCCAGCAGCGUCUGGCCCUCCAGCGCCACCUGCGGCCUCGCGUCCUGGAGCGCCGCAGGCUCCUGCUCGAUCUCUCGGUGCGCCCGGGGCGCCCACCGGUGGCCAACGCAACAGCCGCCGCCGCGGCCGCGGUGGGCGCGGUGGUACCCAACCAGCGCCUACUGGUGGCGCACCACCCGGCUUUCCUGGCGGCGCUCCCCCUGGUGGUGCUCAUGGUGUACAACCCUCCUUCGCGCACCCGUGGGCCGGCACGCUGCAGAUGUGGCCCUACGGGCGUCCACCACCACCGCCGCCGGCGUGGUUCACUGCUGUUCCUCAGUACGGUGUUCCGGGUGGGCACACCUACGGGACCGGCUACGCUGCACCGCCACCGCAGUACGCCUACGGGGGAGCUGCGCCCUCACCGCCAGCGUUCCAGGGGCCCAUUCCGGCCUAUCAGAUGCCCGGAGGGAUGCCAUGGAACCCCACACAUGGAGGCACCUGGAACGCAGACUCCUUGGCGCAGUCCUUCAACACCAUGACGCUCACUCCGCCGGCAUCGUCUGAAUGGUACGCCGACUCCGGUGCUGGUUCACACAUGACUGCGGAUGCUGGAUUUGCAAACCAGGAACGUGAUCGCCAGGUGCAAUAGCUCUGGCGACCUCUACCCGUUCUACCCAUCUACCACCAGCACCUCCGCACUCAUCGCUGCACCUACCUCGCUUUG